AUGUCUUUCCUGACGAGAGUUCUGACCACGAAAUGCAAGCAGACACUUGAAUCCGAGAGGACUUACUUCCAGCACGCGCUUUUUGUCAGCAGGUUUCACCAGGCGCCCGUGCCGUCGGGCAGUCAGUCCCUGGAGGUGCGGAGCGGCGCGGGGAACAAAGCGGCGCGGCCGGGGGAGCUGCUGGAGCCCUCGCCGCAGCUGGGCAGGGUGAAGAGUUUGCACGAAAUGCCCGGACCCAACACCCUCUACAAUCUCUACGAGUUCUUCUGGAAGGACGGCUUCGGCCGCAUUCAUGAGAUCCAGCAAAAACACACUCAGGAAUAUGGAAAGAUCUUCAAGUCUCACUUUGGUCCCCAGUUUGUUGUAUCCAUUGCAGAUCGAGAUAUGGUUGCUCAAGUGCUCCGGUCAGAAGGUAGAGCACCACAGAGAGCUAACAUGGAAUCAUGGCAGGAAUACAGAGACUUAAGAGGAAGAGCUACAGGACUAAUUUCAGCAGAGGGGGAACAGUGGCUAAAAAUGAGAAGUGUACUGAGGCAAAAAAUUCUGAAACCCAAAGAUGUGGCGAUUUACUCCGGAGGAGUCAAUGAAGUUAUCACAGAUUUAAUUAAAAGAAUCUACACCCUUAGAAGUCAAGAGGAGGAUGGGGAAACUGUGACCAAUGUUAAUAAUCUUUUCUUCAAGUACUCAAUGGAAGGUGUGGCUACUAUUCUGUAUGAAUGCAGGUUGGGCUGCCUGGAAAACAACGUCCCACAGCAGACCGUUGAAUAUAUCGAGGCUCUGGAGUUGAUGUUCAGUAUGUUUAAGACCACAAUGUAUGCAGGUGCCAUUCCCAGGUGGCUUCGUCCGUUUAUUCCAAAACCCUGGAGAGAGUUCUGCAGAUCCUGGGAUGGACUCUUCAAAUUUAGUCAAAUUCAUGUUGACAACAAACUGAAGUCUAUUCAGUCUCAACUGGAUCAAGGAGAAGAAGUGAAUGGUGGGCUACUUACCUACCUCCUCGUGAGUAAGGAGCUUACUUUGGAGGAGAUCUAUGCCAAUAUGACUGAAAUGCUUCUGGCAGGAGUGGACACAACUUCUUUUACUUUGUCCUGGGCAAUAUAUAUGUUGGCAAAGCACCCUGAAGUUCAACAACGUGUUUAUGAGGAAAUCAUCGAUAAGCUGGGGAAAGACCAAGCUCCUGUUGCUCGUGAUGUUCCCAAAUUGCCUUUGAUUAGAGCUGUGCUGAAGGAGACUCUGAGGUUAUAUCCUGUAUUGCCAGGAAAUGGAAGAGUGACCCAGAAAGACUUGAUUGUUGGAGGAUACUUAAUACCUAAAGGGACGCAGCUGGCACUCUGUCAUUAUACUACUUCAUACAGUGAAGAGAAUUUUCCAAUGGCCAAUGAGUUCCGGCCCGAGCGCUGGCUGAGGAAAGAUAAUUUGGACAGGGUUGACAAUUUUGGUUCCAUCCCCUUUGGUUAUGGCAUUCGAAGUUGUAUUGGGAAAAGAGUUGCGGAACUGGAAAUUCAUCUUGCACUGAUUCAGUUGCUUCAGAAUUUUGAGAUUAAAAUUUCUCCCAAAACUGAACCAGUUCACGCGAAAACCCAUGGACUUCUGACUCCUGGAGGCUCCAUCAAUGUGAGAUUUUCUGACAGAAAGUGAGACUGAGAUAUUUUGGAAAUACUUGUGUGACUUUCAGGGGAACAGGCUUGCAUCUAAUGGACGUUUGAUCGUAACAUGUUUUCUGGUUUGUAGUUUCUUUACAAUAUGACCAAGUAUUAUGUUCUGCCUUGUACCUAGCAGCACAUAACAAAAGUUACCUCUCUUGUAAUUGAAAAUUACGCG